UACAUCAGGUGACUCGCAGCUGCUAGCUGUUCAGAGGUGAAACGGAACGGAAGAAAGGUGUUACGACAUAGCUCGGGGACGACGUCAGAUCUUUGCUCCGCUCCGGCUUGUGAUGAUCAUGACGCCGGGUUGACGAUGUCACUGUGCGGCGGGAGGUGCGGGAAGAGCAGCGAGGCCGAGGGUGGUAGAAAUUCCAGCGGCCAAGCUUACUACGCUCUCUUCAUUUUUACUAUUUUGACUGGUGUAAAUCAGCUGCACAGGUAUUUACUGAUAGCUGCCAUCGAACCAAUGUCUAAUGACCUACAAUUUGGAGACAAGAUUUGUACCCCUUUCAACGAGACAUCCAUCGAUAUUUACAUUCAAGGUUAUGAUGAUAACAUUACAGCUGAAGAAUUCUGUCUGUGUGAUGAUGGUAUUAGGUGCACCAAUCAAAGUAUGUUCCAAAACACUACUCUCUGUGACUGGCGGUACACCGGCACAGGCUCGGAGUAUGAGAUCCUUGCCGGACCUGUCUUCAUCAUCGUUCUCGGCAUUCUCGGGGUUCCGGUCACGGUCCUUGCCGAGAUGGGGCGUGUCAAUCGACGGAACGUUGUUGGGGUGUGUACCAUCUGCUGGAGUAUCACCAUCCUGUGCACGGGUUUCUCUCAAACGUUGGCUGAAAUCUACGUUUGGCGGUUUCUCUUAGGGUUCUUUGAAGCACCUUUCAACCCCUUUUCUAUGACUCUACUUGGGACUUUCUUUGGUCCGGAUCGCCGAGGGCUGGCCAUGGGUGUGGCGGCGAGUGGGGCAUACCUAGGUUACGGCUCAUCGUUUGCUUUCAUCGCAGUCGUCGAUCUUAUAGGAUGGAGGUGGACUUACAUCUCGACCGGCAUAGGGGGCGCUGUGCUCGGUUUGUUGUGCCUUAUCACCGUCAAGAACCCUCAAUCAAAUGUGAAGGAAAAUAAGCACCUUGGAUCGUUGGACAACGUUCUGAAGGCGCUCGGUGGAGAACCCUGGUCGGUGCUCUUGCCGAUCUUCCUUGCCUUUGCGUGCAAGAUGGGUUACCAGUACACUCUCAGUUACAACCUCAAUAACUACUUUGUGGAGUACUUUCCCUCCUUCCCGACGGAUAUCUUUCUCAGCUGGAUUGUGGCUCUGACUGGGAUACUUGCAUUCAUCUUGGGGGGUUUUCUGAGUGAUAUAGCAGGCAAGCGGGCAGGGGCCCUUGGCAGACUGUGGACUAUCGUUAUCUUAGAGAUCAUCCAAAUACCUCUGUACAUAUUCUUCAUUCUCCUUUCACUACCAAUCAACAUUAUUCUCGGUGCUCUUGGAAUAACCAUUGGUGAUGGAUGGAACGGCAUUGGUCUUUCUGCCCUAGCUGACAUCGUCUCCCCCGCUCUCAGGACUGUCAUAUUUGCCCUCUUCUUCUGUGUUAUGGAUGUCAUUGGUGGAUGCGUCAUUGUUGCUGUGACGCCACUGACGAGCAUCAUUGGGCUAAAGAGCGCCCUCUUGUGGUUAGGGACAGGAAUGCUUGUGGGAGGUACGCUUCUGAUUUUACUGGCAAUUGUAGCCCUGGUGUUCCUCAACCGUCGUAGGGCCAGGAGCUACAAUUUAGAAAGGACAGAGGAAGACGCCCUUUACAAUCGGAGUGUAGGUCAUGAAAAGACUCCUUUGAUUUCCGAAGAAAGCACUCCAACAUAGCAUCCAGUGGCUACUAUAUAUAUGCAAUAGGAAAUACUAACCUAUUAUUGUGAAGUGCUUAAAAGAUUAUGCAUUGAAUUCUCUGUACGCUUCUGGAUGGCUAAGCUACUGCCCUGACUUUCUUCUAGGUCAUAAUUUAUUCAUACCACAAUAGCCACUUGCUACACCUGGUUCAAGUAUGUCAGACUUGGGAAGUGUUGCAAGAAAAUAUUUGCAAUCCAUUUUGAAUUUCUGUUGGAUUUUUCCCAAGUGAUAGAUCAUUGUUGACUAUUGAAAAAAGCAAACCAAAUUAUAUUUGUUGUAGAAGAACUACACCAGCAAUCAAUCGCAAAAUCACAAUUAAUUGCAAGACUUGUGAUUUAUCUUAAAACCUAGCAUUGACUUUGCAUAUGAUUGAAAGUUUCUUUCAACACUAGAUUAUUAUUAGAUUAUUGCCUUGAAUAUAGGGACCAAUUGUUUCCUGUAGGUAGCAUGUCAAUUUGGUGCUACUAAUAUUGAUGUUGCCAUGGGAUCUGAACCCAUGACUUUGUGGUUCGUAGUCUGAGUGCCCAACCACUGAUUGAUCCAUAAUGAUUAAAUUUAUGCUGCUCAAAAAUAUUUCUCAUGUUGCCCAAAAAUGGAGGUUUUAAAGAUUAUUUUUAUUUGAACAUUGGAUGUUCAUAUGGUAUCAAUGCUAAGCAAAUGUAGUGCUCAAAGCAUUCCAUUAUUGACAUGGCAUUGUGCAACCUAAAAGCAGCCUUUUAUCAUUUCAUUUAGCUGUAAAAUGUGACCAGUCACAAAUAUAUUAUGCUGCUUUUCACAAAUGUCAAGUCAUGAUAUACAUGUAUUCAAAUUUUCAUUAAAGGAAGACUGUAGAUUCAAUACUGGAUAGAUUUAACCAAAGACUUUGAAAAUUGAAUCAGUUUCCUUCGAGCCAAUUGCUUGACCUAGUAGAAAGAAGGAGAGGGAUUAUUUCUAAAAGAAUAUGCAAAUAUUGUGCCUUUUUGGAGAUGCGAAUGCUGCAAUCUACAUGCUAAGUGUGUUAGCAGUCUCUAGUGUUAGAAAUUGUUCUACACUGAAGUUAACUAUCAGUGAUUGAAAUACUGUAAUGUGUGCAAUGUAUCGUGAUCUUUAAUUGUUAGAAAUAUGUUUAAGAAAAAUGAAACUAAAGAAAUGUUUGUAAAUCAAAUGGUGUUUAGGAGUCAAUGUGGUCGUAAAAUUUAAUGGUGUAUAUUAUCACGGUCAUCCAUUCAUGUAGAUUUUUAUUUUCAUUUUAAAUUGAUUAGUUUGAUAGUUUUCUUGCUAUACAGUGCGUCCCACAAAAAGGAAACCGUUUUCAUAGAUAGAUUUCACAUUUAUUAAAUAAUUAUGUUUUUACUAUAAAUUUGAUACUCCUGGCAAGAGUGGAAUCUCAUCUCUAAUUUGAAACCAAUAGCUUAGCAAAUCAUGCACGCAUGGCAGAUUACAAACAAUAAAUACUGAGGCAUAUCAUUAACGAUUUGCGCAGAAACUCACAUGUGAAUCUGGAUCCUUUCUCAUUUCAGGGAUCAGUGAGAGAAUCUUAACAAAGAAUACAAAAGAAAUGCUAAUGAGCCAAUCGUCAAAUAAGCACGUUUGUCGUGUCACGAACCAAUCUUGUCCGAUUUAUCUGCUCAGCCUGGUUCUGACAUUGAAAUUUCAAACUCGUUUUUGCUCAUUAAUGCAUAAAAUGUUCGUCACAUAUAAGGUAUCAAAAUAAAGAGGGAUAAUUUAAUUAUAUGAUUAUGUAAAUUAUAUAUAAUUCAUUUGCCUUUGAAGAAAAAAAGCAUGGGAAUCCCGGUUUCCUUUUUUGGGGGAUGCAUUGUAUAGUCAAACCUGUAUAUUAUAGGUCAAGUCCACCCUAGGAAAACACUGAUUUGAAUAAAUAGAGAAGAAAAAUCAAACUAGCAUAGUGCUGGAAAUUUCAUCAAAAUCGGAUGUAAAAUAAGAAAGUUAUGACUUUUUAAAGUUUCGCUUAUUUUUCACAAAAUAUUGAUAUGCACAACUCAGUGACAUGCAAAUAAUUUCCCUUACUUUUUUUUUUUUUUUUUUAUUAUACCAUAUUUCAUUUUUUACAGAUUUGACAGUAAGGACCAACUUGACUGAACAAUGCUAAUUCCCCAUGUUCAGGGAGGAAAAAAUAAUCGUUUCACUUGACAAUGAGGAGAAAAAUAGAACUAUUUCAUAUAAUAAAAUACACAAGAAAUAGUGAGUGGAUGGCAUCAGUCUCCUCAUUUGCAGGAGCAGGAUGUGCAUAGAACUGUUUUGUGAAAUUAAGCGAAACUUUAAAAUGUCAUAACUUUCUUAUUUUACAUCCAAUUUUGAUGAAAUUUUCAGUGUUUUGCUUGUUUGAUUUUUCUCUUUUUAUUCAAAUCAACAUUUUGUUCGGGUGGACUUGUCCUUUAAGGCUACCCGAGGGAAACAGAUUUAGUGGCCACUGUAGACAAGUGGUCUUCAUAGACAAUUUCUAUAACACAUAAUCCUUUCAAAUGUAGUGGCCACUAAAGAAAGGUUUUCAGAAUACAGGUGACUGCUAAGACAGGUAUGACUAUGCAUAAAUUAUUGAUAUCACAAACUUGUUUUUAUCCCUCCACUCGCUGAAGGUUGAUGCUGCUGGUGUAAAGGCCUGGUCCCACUGCACUUAUGGAUGCAGAGAGGAUGUAAAAUGGAAAAGAAUCUUGCCAUCCGUUCGAAAACGUUAUAUAUCCGUUGUGUACUUGUUGCAUGUAUACGUGUUUCAUACGCUCUAUAUCCAUCGAGCAUCCGUCCACUGUGAUUUCAUUGUUUGUCCAUUUUUUCCAUUGUCUUGAGCGGAUGAAAACGGAUGAAGCCACCCCAAAAUUUUGCUUGUCCGCUGCAUCCGUUAUGAAUACGAUUUGUGUCUGUCGACCAGUGAGACCAGGCCUUAACAAUGUUAAGGUUUUAAGUAGUCUGUAUAUACAUUAAAAUACAGUGUGUCCCGGAAAAAAACUGUUUUCAGAGUGAGAUAUCACAACCAUGAAGUAUGUUUUGCUUACCGAAUUUAACCUUACAUGCAUCAGUAACAGUAAAAUCUAUUUUCCAAAUUCAACAUCUUUUGAAUUCUUAAUACAUGACAGAUUAUGAAGAACAAAUACGGAGGAUUGUCAGAAACAAUUUGCAAAGGAACUUAAAUGUGAAUCUGACUGAAUCCACUAUCAUUGGGGGAUUUAAUCUGAGAAAUAUAACAGAAAAGGAAAUGCUAAUGAGCCUUCCCCACAAGCUUCAUGUACAUGUAGUUGUUUCCUUUACAAACCUUUUUCAAAUAUCCUGGAUAACUUUAUUUUGACAUUGAAAUUACAGACUCGUCUUUCUCAUCUACUUUUGUGAAUAUUGGAGUAGAUAUGAAAAUAAAGAUGGAAAUAUGAAUUUUAUGAUGUAAAUGAAAUGUCAUAAAUCUUUAACCUAUGCUGGAAAAUGACUGGGAUUCCCAGUUUCCUUUUUUCUGGGACAUCCUGUACUUACUAUUGCCAGUGUUUCUGUAUGUCCAUUCAAACUGGGCUUUUUCUAGUAAAUUAGAAACCAUGGAGGUAUAUGUUUUAAAAUAUAUUUACAAAUAUUUAAAGUUUGAAUUUUGAUAGCUUAUGCGGUAUAGACGAGGUAAUAUAGGGAACACCCUUCACCACUAGUCUAGUCUGCAGGCACAGACCUUUGGUUUUCACAGUUUGCAUAGUGCACAUGCAGAGUCUGAAGUAGUGAGACUAGAUCACUUUGUAAUAUGGCUGCCUUUAAUUGAACACAGACAGAGAGUUUGGAUUCUAAUCUUUACUCUAGAUGUGGCUUAAUUGGUUAAAGUGCCAAUUUGAGUCUGUGCCUGCAGACUACUACCUGUUCAGCAGAGAAAAAAACUAUUUAAGUAAGAGAUAAUCUAUACAAGUUUAUUUGUAAUGUUAACAAUACGUGACUGAAAUUGAUGCCAGUUUUAUUUACUUUUUUUAUGUAAAAUGUAUAAAUUAUGUUAUUAUAUUAGUUUUAAUGUAAACCAAAGUAUUAUGCUGCUAUUAAUUGAGGUAUGAUGUGAUGAUAUAUUUGAUGAAGUGUAUAAAGUUUUUAUCCUUACUAAUUUGUAUGUUUGCUUAUAAAAAAUGGAUUUAAAUGGAUUCUUUCAAUCUUUGAAUGCUCUGGAUGAGUUUAAUUUCCACCUAAAUAUAUAUGUACAAUCAUCAAAUCUAUUUUCAUUAAAAAAAUUAAUAUUGAUCUGUAUGUAAGAAUAUGUCUAUAAGAUUUUUAAUACUACAUUUAACUGACAUGUGUUUAUACUAUUAUACCCAAGUUCAUGGUGCAAUUUAUGAAAUAAUACUAUUAUCGACUUUUGUCUGAUACAAUUUUUUUUUGCAUUCUUAUCAAGAGUGUUAGAUGCAUGGGUACUGUAAUACUGCUAAUACCAUGUACAUAAUGAAUUAUGAUAUAAUUAUUUUAAUAUGCCAUUUACAUAAAUAUGUAAUUAUAUUCAGCAAGUAAUGAUUAAAUUUUAUAAACCAAAAUAAGAAA